AUGGACAUCGACGCCCGCCUGGCGCCCGCGGAGGACAGCCUGCGGCAGCUGCUCGCCGACGAGGGCCCCGGCGGUUAUGAUUUUGCGUUCAUCGACGCCGACAAGCGGGCCUACGGCAAGUACUUUGAGCUGUGCCUGCAGCUGGUGCGGCAGGGGGGGCUGAUCGCGGUGGACAACGUGCUGUGGUACGGCAAGGUCGCUGACUCACAGGUGGACGACAAGGCAACCGUGGCCCUGCGCGAGUUCAACGCCGCGGUGCUGGCGGACCCUCGCGUGACGCUCAGCAUAGUGCCGGUCGGCGACGGUAUGGCGCUCUGCAGGAAGCGGUGA